AUGUGGCUGCUUCGAUCCAUUAUUCUUGGGCUGCUCGUCCUCGAAACCGUUGCCUUUUGCACUUCGGGUCGCAUCCAAAAUCAAUGUCGGAUCAAACAGAAGCUAAGGCAGCUGCAAAAGGCGAUUCCAUGCACUAACAAAUCUUCCGCGCCAAGACAUGGUCAGCGGGGAGAGUAUCGUGUUUUGUACAACUAUGUGCCAAUGAGUAAGAAUGUUUCAUGUUGGGAAAGCGUAACCUAUGCAACAAAUGGGGAUUUCACUUUUCUGGACAAUCUUGUACCAGUACUCAAAAGGUGGAAGGCCCCAAUUUCCGUGGCCCUGUAUGCACCUGGAACCGAUUUUCAGUUAACAGUCGACUCGAUCAAGUAUCUGAGAAGUUGUUCAACUUGCCUCGUCUCCAAGCUUGUCACGUUCCACCUUUAUUACAGUGAUAAACACAUACCUAAAAAAAUACCAUCGACCAAGGAUAUCCUUUCGGCGACGUACGACUGCAACUUAGGAGCACCAUGGACAAAAGUCUCCCACAAUGAAACGUAUAAAAACAAAAAUGGUCUCAUUUACCCCAUCAACGUGGGUCGUAAUAUCGCGAAGGAAACCGCCCUGACUCAUUAUAUUCUCGUCGCUGAUUUCGAGCUUUACCCGAGUCUCAAUCUAGUCCCAAUGUUUCUCGAAAUGAUUAGAAAGAAGGGACAACCAGAAGUGCUAUCAUAUUCUUCAAAAGACGUGUAUGUGCUACCACCGUUCGAGGUCACAGAAGACAGUCAAGUGCCAGCAAACAAAUCGCAACUUUUGAAGAUGCUAAAGGAACGCAAAGCGGUCCCUUUCCAUGAAAAUGUAUGCUCAUUAUGCCACAGCGUACCAAAUUAUCUCUCAUGGAAAUCGGAGCCUCAAUCUAAUUCUCUUCGCGUGGGACCACCGUCAUUGAGAAAGCAGAAGUAUCGAAGUUGGGAGCCGGUAUACAUAGGGACCGACAAGGAUCCCAUUUAUGACGAAAGGAUUAGCUGGGAAGGCCAAAGUGACAAAAGGAUACAAGGUUGGUUGCUCUGCGCCCAAUCAUACAGAUUUUUCGUUCUAAACAACGCGUUUGUUGUGCAUCGCCCGGGCAUCAAAAAAUCAUCGAAGCUAGACCCACGACGCACUGCUUUAGUCGCUAAAACGAAUAAGCUCAUCAAUAAAGUGAUUUUGCCGGAGUACAGGGCUAAAUAUGGACGAAGCUGGGGAUGCUAUGUUUAAUUUAACACUGAUCUGCAGCCACGAAAAAAACCAAACAUGAAAUGACAUGCGAAAUACUGAAAGCCAGAAAAUGUACACUAAGAAUAAAAUAAAAGUAUUGUCGUAACAUCUCAUCGUAUCGUAUAAUGUUCAUUAACCAAUGUUAUUCAUCCCUUGAAAACAGGGCUACAGGAAAUAAAUUCUUUUUCAAAUACGAUUGCCUUUUUAUGAACCGCAUUGACCGGUACGAGUCAACGGUAAAUUGAUUGGCAAGAAUAAAAAUUAUUACCACUGAAAAAUCAAAUAUUUAUUGCAAAUUCUAAGAACCCAGGGAAAUAUUCUUUGCACGAGGCAAAUCUUUUGGUAGCCGUAUUAAUUACAUUUGAACAAUAGAAUACAUGAAGUCUACGCCGAGAGAUCCGUAGGUCAACUUGU